AUGUAUCAGGUGCAGGAUUCCCUGAAAACCAUCACAGAGGAACCUGUUUUAUUACUGGAAGUGGGUCCUUUAACAGAGGAACACCCACCUACCACCCAGCCUAUAAUACCUACCCCCCAGAAGAGUGGGUGUUGGGCAAUUAGACAGCUAUUGAAGAAGAAGAAGGGAAGAUACAACAUGAAGGAUCCUCUGAUUACCAACAAAGAGGAGAACGUUGUACUUCUCAGAGUGAACCCCAUAAAAGGGGAUCACCCAUCUACCACCCAGCCCAUAAUACCUACCCCCCAGAAGGGUGGGUGCGGGGCAAUUAGACAGCUAUUGAAGAAGAAGAAGGGAAGAUACAACAUGAAGCAUCCUCUGAUUACCAACAAAGAGGAGAACGUUGUACUUCUCAGAGUGAACCCCAUAACAGGGGACCGCCAGCCUGAUGAUACUGCCCCUCCAAGGGAACAAAAUAACGACCCCAUCACCACCAAAAUACAGCCGACUACAGGAGAUGGACCCACUACAAAGAACGAGGAAACCCAACCGGCUACAAACACCGAGGACAAGACAAAGCCAGUGGUUCCGAUCCCCAGUGAAAGUGAGGAAACCCAACCGGCUACAGACACCGAGGACAAGAAAAUUCCAGAGGUUCCAAUCACCAGUGAGAGUGAGGAAACACAACCGACUACAGACAUCGAGGACAAGAAAAUUCCAGAGGUUCCAAUCACCAGUGAGAGUGGGGAAACCCAACCAGCUACAGACACCGAGGACAAGAAAAUUCCAGAGGUUCCAAUCACCAGUGAGAGUGAGGAAACCCAACCGGCGACAGACACCGAGGAAAUGAAAAUUUCAGAGGUUCCAAUCACCAGUGAGAGUGGGGAAACCCAACCAGCUACAGACACCGAGGACAAGAAAAUUCCAGAGGUUCCAAUCACCAGUGAGAGUGAGGAAACCCAACCGGCGACAGACACCGAGGACAAGAAAAUUCCAGAGGUUCCAAUCACCAGUGAGAGUGAGGAAACACAACCGACUACAGACAUCGAUGACAAGAAAAUUCUAGAGGUUCCAAUCACCAGUGAGAGUGGGGAAACCCAACCAGCUACAGACACCGAGGACAAGAAAAUUCCAGAGGUUCCAAUCACCAGUGAGAGUGAGGAAACCCAACCGGCUACAGACACCGAGGACAAGAAAAUUCCAGAGGUUCCAAUCACCAGUGAGAGUGAGGAAACACAACCGACUACAGACAUCGAGGACAAGAAAAUUCCAGAGGUUCCAAUCACCAGUGAGAGUGGGGAAACCCAACCGGCGACAGACACCGAGGACAUGAAAAUUCCAGAGGUUCCAAUCACCAGUGAGAGUGGGGAAACCCAACCAGCUACAGACAUCGAGGACAAGAAAAUUCCAGAGGUUCCAAUCCCCAGUGAGAGUGGGGAAACCCAACCAGCUACAGACACCGAGGACAAGAAAAUUCCAGAGGUUCCAAUCACCAGUGAGAGUGAGGAAACUCAACCGGCUACAGACACCGAGGACAAGAAAAUUCCAGAGGUUCCAAUCACCAGUGAGAGUGAGGAAACACAACCGACUACAGACAUCGAGGACAAGAAAAUUCCAGAGGUUCCAAUCACCAGUGAGAGUGGGGAAACCCAACCAACUACAGACACCGAGGACAAGAAAAUUCCAGAGGUUCCAAUCACAAGUGAGAGUGAGGAAACCCAACCGGCGACAGACACCAAGGACAUGAAAAUUCCAGAGGUUCCAAUCACCAGUGAGAGUGGGGAAACCCAACCAGCUACAGACACCGAGGACAAGAAAAUUCCAGAGGUUCCAAUCACCAGUGAGAGUGAGGAAACCCAACUGGCGACAGACACAGAGGAAAAGAAAAUUCCAGAGGUUCCAAUCACCAGUGAAAGUGGGAAUACUCAAUAUUUCUCAUUUACCACCCCCAUAGACCGAGAAGAAGGAUGGACUUUAAAGCCCAGAGCACGACGGAGUGAUCUGCUUUCAUUCUACAGUGCAUUAUCUUCAUUUGGUUCAAUCCCAGAUGCACUAGAAAGUGCUCCAUCAAGCGAUUUCGUUGACCCGUGGUGUGAACUAUCAUUGGAAAGUUUUAAUUACCAUGAAAUGCUUGGAUAUGGGGCCUUCGGGAAGGUGGUGUUGGCCUCUCAUUAUGCCAUGGAACAGCAGAUGGCGAUAAAAAUAGUGAAAAAAAAUUCACUUAAACAUGACUUCAGUUCUGCUGUUAUGGAGAAGAACAUUCUAGAAGCUUGCAUUGGCAGUCGAUUCAUCACUCAUCUGUUUGGAUCAUUCCAGACGGAGACUUAUCUGGUCUUUGUCAUGGAAUUUGUGAGUGGAGGAGAGCUUUGGGGAUUGAUGUCAGAAUCUUUGUUGAUGGAACAGAACACCAUAAGAUUCAUCACUGCGGAAAUAUUAUGCGGCCUGCAAUUCCUCCAUUCUCGUCAGAUCAUACACAGAGAUCUCAAACCGGAGAACAUUCUACUGGACGGCGAAGGACAUAUCAAGAUUGCAGAUUUCGGCUUGUCUGUGGCUGGUGUCACCGAGUCCAAUAGGAUCACCGGACUUGCGGGUACACCGUUAUACAUAGCCCCAGAAGUCAUUUACAAUGAGCCGUACUUCACAACGGCGGACUAUUUCUCCUUGGGAGUGAUCGUAUACGAGAUGGCCUUCCGCGAGAAUCCCUUCUGUGUCGGCAUAAUGCCCGUCGAUGACAUAUUGAUGGCAACAAUAAAUAAUGAUCCCCAUUAUCCAGAAGACAUGGACUACUUCCUCUUUGAACUCCUAAGAAGUCUCCUGUGUAAGGACCAAGAAGAGCGAACGCGCCUUGUAAGUGACAUCAGACACCACGAUUAUUUCCAGGGGAUCGACUGGGCCGACUUAGAGGAAGGAAAGUCACCCUCGCCAUUGCAAUCGGCAACAAUGAAUAAGAAACUGAUCUAUAGAAGAAUGAAGAUGGCGGAAUUCAUGACCAGCGUAGACCUGGAUCCUCCAAUACAAGCCAAGGACCAGAAGAACUUUGACGGCUUCUCCUACAUGAGCGACAGCAUGAGGCUGCAGAUACUGGCCACCCCUCCCCCCACCACCAGAGAGCCAGUUGUUUCUGCAAUAGGGUCUUGGCAUGCAUAA